GCACGGUGGGGUUCGGCGGGUCGCCGGACGAGGCGUGCGAGACGACGCUGGACGCGCUGCUCAUGGACGGCGCGACCAUGAAGUCGGGCGCCGUGGGCGGGUUACGGCGCAUCCGGGAUGCGAUUGCUGUCGCGCGCGCCGUGCUCGACCACACGCGCCACUCGCUGCUUGUUGGGGACCUGGCCGCGCAGUUUGCGGUGGAUAUGGGGCUGGGGCCGGAGGUGGAUUUGGGGACUGCGGAGAGUAGGAGUAGGUGUGAGGAUUGGAGGGCGGGCGGGUGUCAGGGGAAUUAUCGCGUUGCGGUCGAGCCGGAUCCGGCGACGUCUUGUGGGCCGUAUCGGCCGCUGUCGGCUGCUGCGGGGUCUGUUGGGGAGGAUGAAGGGCAGGCUUCGCAUGAUACUAUUUCCAUGGUGGUGAUUGAUAGUGGUGGGGGUAUGGCGGCGGGGACGUCCACGAACGGGGCGGCAUUCAAAGUUCCGGGUCGUGUUGGGGAUGGCCCGAUUGUUGGGAGCGGAUCAUAUGUGGAUAGCGAUGUGGGCGGGUGUGGUGCGACUGGCGAUGGGGAUAUCAUGAUGCGGUUCUUACCGUGUUAUCAGGCGGUUGAGAACUUGAGGCUCGGCAUGACGCCGACAGAAGCCGCUGAGGAUGCGGUCAGGCGCAUGCUACGGAAGUACCCCAAAAUCUCGAGCGGGCUUGUGGUGGUGAACAACAAGGCCGAACACGGCGCCGCAGGGUCUGGAUGGACCUUCACCUACGCAUUCCGAGGGGGAGCAAUGAAUACUACCAACGUUGUGAGCGUCCCACCGUUGGAAGCCGGCUCGGUUAGCGGGAGGGAAGGCGAUGAUAGUCCAAGCGAGAUCUGAGGAUUCUACGAAAUUUUAACAUUGCCCAAAACGUUACUCGCGGCACUGCUCAAUCUGU